AUGUUAUCUUCAACUUCAUCAACAUCAACUUCAACUUCAACUUCAUCACCUCCAACAUCUUCAUCAGAUUCAUCUUCAAUAUCAACAGCAUCUUCUUCAUCAACAUCGGAAACUACAAAUAGAAAAGUUAGUAGUAAUAGCACUCCAUCUCCAAACACAUUCAAUCAACAACAACCACAACCACAUCAAAAUCAAUCUAAUUAUUCCUCACCUGUAGAUUCAAAUUUUAAUAAUUUUAAUUUAAAUAUAAAUUCACCAAUUUCACCAUCUUUUAAAAUAACUUCACCUUCAUCAUCAACAGAUUCAACAACAGAAGAUUCUUCUUCAAUUCCAAAAAUGUUAAAUUCAUCUUAUUCUCAAAUUGAAAUAUUAAAAAUUUUACAAGAUCCAGUAUUAUAUCAACAAAAACAUAUGGAAAUUAGAAAUGAUUUAAUAAAACUUUUUAAUCAACAAGAUUUAAUAAUAAAUGAUAAUAAAAAUGAAUUAGAAGUUUGUAAAACUGCAAAUAAAGCUUUUAAACAAGCUUUAUCAGAAAUUGGUACAGUUGUUAUAUCAGUUGCAAUGGGAGAUUUAUCAAAAAAAGUUGAAAUUCAUUCAGUUGAAAGUGAUCCUGAAAUUUUAAAAGUUAAAAUUACAAUAAAUACAAUGAUGGAUCAAUUACAAACUUUUGCUAAUGAAGUUACAAAAGUUGCAACAGAAGUUGCAAAUGGUGAAUUAGGUGGUCAAGCUAAAAAUGAAGGUAGUGUUGGUAUAUGGAGAUCAUUAACUGAUAAUGUAAAUAUUAUGGCAUUAAAUUUAACAAAUCAAGUUAGAGAAAUUGCUGAUGUUACAAGAGCUGUUGCAAGAGGUGAUUUAUCAAGAAAAAUUAAUGUUCAUGCUCAAGGAGAAAUUUUACAGUUACAAAUGACUAUAAAUACUAUGGUUGAUCAAUUAAGAACUUUUGCUUUUGAAGUAUCAAAAGUUGCAAGAGAUGUUGGUGUUUUAGGUAUAUUAGGUGGUCAAGCUUUAAUUGAAAAUGUUGAAGGUAUAUGGAAAGAAUUAACUGAUAAUGUAAAUGCAAUGGCUUUAAAUUUAACAACACAAGUUAGAAAUAUUGCAAAUGUUACGACUGCUGUUGCAAAAGGUGAUUUAUCAAAAAAAGUUACAGCAGAUUGUAAAGGAGAAAUUUUAAAUUUAAAAUUAACUAUAAAUCAAAUGGUUGAUAGAUUAUUAAAAUUUGCUUCUGAAGUUACAACAUUAUCAAGAGAAGUUGGUACAUUAGGUAUAUUAGGUGGACAAGCAAAUGUUCAAGAUGUUGAAGGAGCAUGGAAAGCUGUUACUGAAAAUGUUAAUUUAAUGGCAACAAAUUUAACAAAUCAAGUUAGAUCUAUUGCAACAGUUACAACAGCUGUUGCUCAUGGUGAUUUAUCACAAAAAAUUGAUGUUCAUGCACAAGGUGAAAUUUUACAAUUAAAAAAUACUAUAAAUAAAAUGGUGGAUUCUUUACAAUUAUUUGCUUCAGAAGUUUCAAAAGUUGCAAGAGAUGUUGGUAUAAAUGGUAAAUUAGGUAUUCAAGCUCAAGUUAGUGAUGUAGAUGGUUUAUGGAAAGAAAUUACUUCAAAUGUAAAUACAAUGGCUUCAAAUUUAACUUCACAAGUUAGAGCAUUUGCUCAAAUUACUGCUGCUGCAACUGAUGGUGAUUUUACAAGAUUUAUUACAGUUGAAGCUUCGGGAGAAAUGGAUGCUUUAAAAACAAAAAUUAAUCAAAUGGUUCUUAAUUUAAGAGAAUCAAUUCAAAGAAAUACAGCUGCAAGAGAAGCUGCUGAAUUAGCUAAUAGUGCAAAAUCAGAAUUUUUAGCAAAUAUGUCUCAUGAAAUUAGAACUCCUUUAAAUGGUAUUAUAGGAAUGACUCAAUUAUCUUUAGAUACAGAAUUAACUCAAUAUCAAAGAGAAAUGUUAUCAAUUGUUCAUAAUUUAGCUAAUAGUUUAUUAACUAUUAUUGAUGAUAUAUUAGAUAUUUCUAAAAUUGAAGCAAAUAGAAUGACUGUUGAACAAAUUGAUUUUUCAUUAAGAGGUACAGUAUUUGGAGCAUUAAAAACUUUAGCAGUAAAAGCAAUUGAAAAAAAUUUAGAUUUAACUUAUCAAUGUGAUUCUUCAUUCCCAGAUAAUUUAAUUGGUGAUUCAUUUAGAUUAAGACAAGUUAUAUUAAAUUUAGCAGGAAAUGCAAUAAAAUUUACAAAAGAAGGAAAAGUUAGUGUUAGUGUUAAAAAAUCAGAUAAAAUAGUUGAAGUUGAAGAUGAUGAUAAUGAUAAAUUAUUAUUAGAAGUUUGUGUUAGUGAUACUGGAAUUGGUAUUGAAAAAGAUAAAUUAGGUUUAAUUUUUGAUACAUUUUGUCAAGCUGAUGGUUCAACAACAAGAAAAUUUGGUGGUACAGGAUUAGGAUUAUCUAUAUCAAAACAAUUAAUUCAUUUAAUGGGAGGAGAAAUUUGGGUAACAUCAGAAUAUGGUUCUGGUUCAAAUUUUUAUUUUACUGUUUGUGUUUCACCAUCAAAUAUAAGAUAUACAAGACAAACUGAACAAUUAUUACCAUUUAGUAGUCAUUAUGUAUUAUUUGUAUCAACUGAUCAUAGUAAUGAAGAAUUACAAGAAAUUAAAGAUGGUAUAAUUGAAUUAGGUUUAAAUCCAAUUAUAGUUCAUAAUAUUGAAGAUGCUAAUUUACAAGAACCAAUAAAAUAUGAUAUUAUAAUGAUUGAUUCAAUUGAAACAGCUAAAAAAUUAAGAUUAUUAUCAGAAGUUAAAUAUAUUCCAUUAGUAUUAGUUCAUCACUCAAUACCUGAAUUAAAUAUGAGAGUUUGUAUUGAUUUAGGUAUAUCAUCAUAUGGUAAUACACCAUGUUCAAUAACAGAUUUAGCAAGUGCUUUAAUACCUGCAUUAGAAUCAAGAUCUAUUUCACAAAAUCUUGAUGAAUCUGUAAGUUAUAAUAUUUUAUUAGCUGAAGAUAAUUUAGUUAAUCAAAAAUUAGCAGUUAGAAUUUUGGAAAAACAAGGUCAUAAAGUAGAAGUAGUUGAAAAUGGUUUAGAAGCUUUUGAAGCUAUACAAAAAUCAAAAUAUGAUGUUGUUUUAAUGGAUGUUCAAAUGCCAGUAAUGGGAGGAUUUGAAUCAGUUGAAAAAAUAAGACAAUGGGAAAAAAAAUCAAAUCCAAUUGAUUCAUUAACUUUUAGAACUCCUAUAAUUGCAUUAACUGCUCAUGCAAUGUUAGGAGAUCGUGAAAAAUCUUUAGCGAAAGGAAUGGAUGAUUAUGUUUCAAAACCUUUAAAACCAAAAUUAUUAAUGCAAACUAUUAAUAAAUGUAUUCAUAAUAUAAAUCAAUUAAAAGAAUUAUCAAAACAAAAUAAUAAUAAUAGAACUUCUGAUUUUGCAAAAAAAUUAAAAAAAAAUUCAUCAAUAAAAUCAAAUGGUUCAUCAAGUCCUCAUAAUGGUAAUAGUAAUGGAAAUAAUAGAUCACAAAAUAGUUCACCAUCAAGACCUUCAUCAUCAUCAAGUAGUAUAAAUAAUGGAUAUAAUUCAUUUCAACAACAACAAUAUAAUUCACUGUCUCAUUCACAACAUCAUCAACAAUCAAAUCUUCCCCCACAUUUCACACAAUCAAAAUCAUCAUCAUCAAUAAAUUUAACAUCAGAUGGUAAAUUAAAAGAUUCAAAUUCAAUACCAUCAUCAUUAGAAUCUUUAAUAAAUAAUCCUUUAUUAAAUAAUAUGAUUAGACCUCAAAUGAAUAAUAGAUCAAUGACUGAAAGUACUGUAUUACAAUAUAAACUGAAUCAAAUUACUGAAAUUAAUGAUAAUGAUGAUAAUAUGGAUAUUGAUAAUGAUAAUAAAUAA